UCCGGUGACCUGACCUACUACACCCCCGGCCUCGGUGCCUGCGGUGAGACCAACUCGGAUUCUGACUCCAUCGUUGCCCUGUCCUCGGACUUGAUGGGCACCGUCUCCAACGGCAACCAGUACUGCGGCAAGAAGGUCACCCUCAGCCGCGGCGGCAAGAGCGUCCAGGCCACCGUCGUCGACAAGUGCCCCGGCUGCAGCAAGUACUCGGUCGACACCACCACCUCCGUCUUCCAGCAGCUCGCCACCCUUGACGAGGGCCGUGUCCAGAUCACCUGG